AUCCUCCAGUACUGCAAGGGGAGGCAGCGCGCCGCCUGCCCGCUCUGCCGGGAGGCAUUCGAGCUGAAGGACCUGCGGCCCAACCGGGAGCUGGCCGCUUUGGUGAACCUGAUCCGGCAGGAGGUAAAGGAAGAAGAGUUGGAAGCACAGGAUGAACCAAACCCCUCUGCAGCUGUUGCCUGCAACGACCAGAGCUCGGCGGGACGGCGACAUGGGGACAAGGAGGAAGAGAUACAGGACAUCCCAAAUGAACCGGAAAUUACUAUAGAGACCAUCCAUCUCUUGAGGGAAGAGCUCAGUAAAACAAAGGAAUAUACGUCUCAGAUCAAAAGCCAGAUUACGAGAGAUUUCAGUUGCAUGAAGGAAUAUGUUGAAAGACAGGAGAGAAACACACUGGUGUUCAUUGAACAAGAGCAAAAAGCAGCUCAACAGAAAAUUGAAGAGACUAUUCACCAGCUCUGCAUUGAAGUGAACAGGCUCACAGACAUCACAGCCCAAACAAGCACCUUACUUGAGAUACAUAGGUAAAAAGACUUGCCUUCGACAAUGGGUAAAAUUACACUUGAUGAGAAACUUAAUGUUGUCAAAAGUGCUGUAGAAGUUCUCAAGAGAAAGUUGGAAAUUUUGCUUUUGGAGAAAUACCCUGAGCAGUUCCCACCAGUGCAACCUCCAGACUUGUAUCAGGAGACAAGUGUCUGCUCCGUAUCUCCAGAGUCUGCAGCUGAAAAUCCAGAAGCAGUGAAUUCAAGCCAUUUUUCCCAAUGGGCAGAUGAUGUGACUUUUGAUCUCACAAGAGCCUAUGAGCACUUAGCAAUCACAGCCCAGAACAGGAAAGUCAUGGUUUCCAGCCACCCGACUGACUAUGGGCCAUUGCCCAACAGAUUCUCCAUCAGCCAAGUGAGGCGUUUGCAGAGCUCCUCUACUGGGUGCAGCUACUGGGAAGUAAUUACCCAGGACAAUGAUGGAUGGGCUGUUGGAGUUGCUCAUAAACUGAUUGGUAAAAGGGAAAAAUCAGGAAGAACUGAGCAUUCCUGGUGUGUGGAAUGGCUAGGUCCCAAUAAGCAGCUGUCAGCAUGGCAUAGAGAUCAAGAAACAUUAUUACACAAGGAUAAACCACUGAAGGUUGGAGUUUUCCUGGAGCUACAGAAGACCAUGUCAUUUUACUCCAUCACUGAGAAAGAAAUGCUUUUGCAUACUUUUGAAAUCAGUACCUCAAAUCCUCUUUACCCUGCUUUCUGGAUAUAUGGCUUAGAAAGAAACAGAUCUUUAAGUUACACAAACAGGACAUAA